ACGCUCGCACCGCACGGUCACACCUUCUUCCGACCUGGUUCCCCCGACGCCCCGUUGUUGUUGUGCAGUCCCACGAGACUGUUGGCAGGAUUCAAUACAAGUAAUAAGGUGUUGGAGCAGAAAUGGAGCACGAUUUGGGCUACAACCUCGAGGAGGCACUGGAGCGGGAGGGUCUUUCCAAGGACGACCUGCAGGCACUUCGCAACCCACCGAUCGAGGGUGUUCCGACCACCGUAACCGACCGGCAGCUGGCCUGUUUCUUGGACGCGUGCGACAAAAACAUCGAAGAAACACGCAAGGUGCUGAAGAUCUACUACGAGGCACGCAAAAGUUCUCCCGAACUGUUCCACAACCGUGAUCCGCUCAGCGCUCCGAUUCAGCAGUGUUUGCAAAAUCAAGACUACUUCCCACUUCCGACGACCCCCAGCGGAUACUCGGUAAUUUUCCAUCGACUGAAGAACCCGAAAGCUUCCAACUACGUGUUCGAUGAGGCCAUCAAGACGUACUUCAUGACCAUCGACUCCUGUCUGUACUCGCAAGGACCACGACCGGGAAUCAUUUUCCUGUUCGACAUGAAAAACGUGGGGCUCAUGCAUCUGACCCGUAUCAACAUGAGCUCGGUGCGCAAGUUCUUCAACUACCUGCAAGAUGGGUUGCCGGCGAAGCUGAAAGCAAUACACGUGGUGAACGUGGUGUCGUUUUUCGACAAAAUCCUGUACAUUAUCAAACCAUUUAUACAUGCGGAAAUUUUGAACAUGUUGUACCUGCAUACGUCGAAUGCAAACUUCGAAAAGUUCUACGAAGAGUGGAUCCCCAAACGGUGUCUUCCGUCGGAUCUCGGCGGUGACCUGAAGUCCGUGGACGAGCUGCACCAGGAAUACUUGGCCGAGUUUGAAAAGCAGCGACCCUACUUCCUGGCCGAGGAGCGUCAGCGUAAUGGUGGCUCUACGAGUAAAGAGAAAUCCGCAGAGGAAUGCUUGAAAUCGCUGUCGAUAGACUAAAACAGUCACACCGGGUUACGGGGGAUGCAAAACUGCAACAAGUGAUAGUAGACAGUAUCAAUGCGGAGGCAUUUGGCCGAUGCAGCCAAACUAUUGUGGGCUAGGGAGAGGAUUUACUUUUAACAUUCACCACACCAUUGUAUUUACAGUUCGACAUGGUUUUCUAUUAAUAAAGCAAAGGAAUUUUUCAAU